GCUCACUGCUCGUUUCUGCUCGCUGUCCGCUGCUCUUGGCAGCCAUCUCAACCGAUGAGCACAUGGCGUCUGGCAUCUCUGGGACUGAACUCCUGUAGACGACAUCCUCCGAGCUUGUCGUACUCGAAAUGCUUCUACUCGCUCAAUAACACUAUCACUCUGCGGCCGAGCCCGACGGCUCGUUCAUUUCCCUUUCAUACAAAUAACCGACCUGGUAAUGCAAUACUAGUCCGCCUAUAUUCAACAGAAACAGAACAGCUACCACAAUCGCGGCCUAGACGAGAACCGGGUCGUAUUGCUCGUCUUCUUCCCUCGUUUCUGCGUCCUGAGCAACCAGUACGAGGUGCCUCCGCCCGCAAGAUCAUCGCACUUGCGAAACCGGAACGCAAACCUCUACUUCUUGCCGUUGGAUUACUUCUGGUUUCUUCGAGUGUCUCGUUGAGCAUACCGUUCACGAUUGGAAAGUUGAUUGACUUCUUUGCAUCUACUAAUCCUCAAAUUCCAUUCAAUCUAAGCAUCGUACAAGCAUCUGCUCUUCUCUUGACAGCAUUCACAAUCGGCGCAGUGGCUAAUGCAGGUCGGUCCAUCCUCAUGCGGCUUUCGGGACAACGCAUCGUGGCGCGAUUGCGUGAGCGCACGUACGCCAGUGCACUGAGACAGGAAGUGGAGUAUGUAGAGAAGGGAGAAGGCGAUGUACUCAGCCGGCUGAGUGUGGACUCGAGUAUCGUUGGUGAAUCAAUGACGCAGAAUUUGAGCGAUGGAUUAAGGGCAGUUGUGAUGGCUUCUGUCGGUUUAGGAGCGAUGUUCUACCUCUCCCCGCAGCUUACACUGCUCAUGCUCACUGUCGUUCCUCCCGUCUCACUGGGUGCUGUGUUUUACGGUCGCUACCUCAAAAAGCUCUCAAACCGUACUCAAGAAGCAGUUGGUGACAUGACCAAAGUCGCCUCGGAAUCACUCUCUGCUUUCCGCACCGUCCAGGCAUUCAAUGCGCAACCACAAGAAGAGGCUAAAUUUUCGAAUAAAGUCAACUACGUCCUUACACUCAUUCGUAAGGAAGCGCUUGCAAGCGGAGUGUUCCACGGCGCGACGGGGUGGAGCGGGAACGUUACACUGCUCUGUCUCUUAGGGUAUGGAGGGAGUUUAGUGAGUAAAGGAGCGAUUUCUGUGGGAGACUUGACGAGUAUGCUGUUAUAUACGGUGUAUGUCGGGAAUGGGCUGUCGAUGUUGACGUCGUUCUUCGCGUCUAUCAUGCGAGCUGUCGGUGCUGGGACACGUAUCUUCGAGCUGCUUGAAAGAGCACCAGCUAUUCCGUUAUCCGGAGAGGCGGUCGCCUCAGGUAGAAGAGGCACAGUAUCGUUUGAGGCCGUCUCGUUCGAGUAUCCGAGUCGACCGGGAGUUAGAGUGUUGAAGGGUUUUGAUUUGAAACUCGAUGUUGGGGAGAGCGUCGCAAUUGUCGGACAGAGUGGGAGUGGAAAAUCGAGCGUCCAGUCUCUUCUUUUACGGUAUUACGACCCCGUAAGCGGGCGUAUCACAUUUGAUGGCCAAGAUAUUCGUGAAUUCAACCCAGAUUCUUGGCGUAACCUAAUUGGUGUCGUCCCUCAAGAUCCCGUCCUCUUCACAGGGACGAUCGCAUCCAACAUUGCAUUUGGGAACUCGGAUGCAACUAGAGAACAGAUCGAGGAAGCGGCUCGGCAGGCGAAUUGUGAAUUCGUAUGGGGGAUGCCGAAAGGAUUUGAUACCGAAAUUGGGAGACUAAGCCUGAGUGGCGGACAACGUCAACGCCUUGCGAUUGCGCGCGCACUCUUGAAGAAACCAGCGAUACUGGCUAUGGACGAGGCGACGAGCUCGUUAGACGCGACGUCUGAAUAUCGGGUCAACGACGCGAUUGAUAAGAUCCUGAGCUCGAGACAAACGACAUGUAUGAUUGUUGCACAUCGGAUAUCGACCAUUGCACGUGCAGAGAGGAUCGUUGUACUUGAAGGUGGGAAGAUUACUGAGUCCGGGACGUACCGUCAAUUAGUAUCCCGACCCAACUCACGUUUCCGCGCCUUGAUGGCCGCACAACUUGAUACAACGACGGCAGAUAUUCUUGUCUCGUCAAAUUCUCGAGAAUCCGAACGCAGUACAAUUGACGAUAAGAAUGAAGCACUAGGAGAGCCUGAGAAGAUUCGAAUACAUGCAUAAGUGUUUCUAAACGCUCAUUUAAUCAUCCCCAUGGUAUUAGUUAUUGUUAUUGUAGCUGUAGAGACUGGUAUAAUACAUUCAUAUAGACUAUUUUUGAA